CACUCCGCGGGGCUCGGGACGCGCCGGCGGCGGCCGACACUCGGGGCUGCGGCGCUGCCCGCUCGCCCCGUCCGCAGAGCCCGGCCGCCGCGCGUCGCCCGCACACGCCACCGCCAUGGGCUCCUGAGGCUGGCUGUCCCGCUCCAAGGGCUUCCCUAGAGAGCCUCCUGCUGCUGGGCACCAUGACAGUAAGGGGGGCUGCGCUGGCCCCAGGUCCAGUGUCGCCUACAACUGCGGCAGCUUCACCCAGUGUCUCUGUGACCCCUGAGGGCAGCCCCACGGCCAUGGAACAACCUGUGUUCCUGAUGACCAGCGCUGCUCAGGCCAUCUCUGGCUUCUUCGUGUGGACGGCCCUGCUCAUCACCUGCCACCAGAUCUACAUGCACCUGCGCUGCUACAGCCGCCCCAACGAGCAGCGCUACAUCGUGCGCAUCCUCUUCAUCGUCCCCAUCUACGCCCUCGACUCCUGGCUCAGCCUCCUGUUCUUCACCAACGACCAGUACUACGUGUACUUUGGCACCGUCCGCGACUGCUACGAGGCCUUGGUCAUCUAUAACUUCCUGAGCCUGUGCUACGAAUACCUCGGGGGAGAAAGCGCCAUCAUGUCGGAGAUCCGAGGCAAGCCCAUCGAGUCCAGCUGUGUGUACGGCACCUGCUGCCUCUGGGGGAAGACCUACUCCAUUGGAUUCCUGCGGUUCUGCAAACAGGCCACGCUGCAGUUCUGUGUGGUGAAGCCGCUGAUGGCCGUCAGCACCGUGAUCCUCCAGGCCUUCGGCAAGUACCGGGACGGGGACUUCGACGUCACCAGCGGCUACCUGUACGUGACCAUCAUCUACAACAUCUCUGUCAGCCUGGCGCUCUACGCCCUCUUCCUCUUCUACUUCGCCACCCGGGAGCUGCUCAGCCCCUACAGCCCUGUGCUCAAGUUCUUCAUGGUCAAGUCUGUCAUCUUCCUCUCCUUCUGGCAAGGCAUGCUGCUGGCCAUCCUGGAGAAGUGUGGCGCCAUCCCCAAGAUCCACUCGGCCCGCGUGUCAGUGGGCGAGGGCACCGUGGCCGCCGGCUACCAGGACUUCAUCAUCUGCGUGGAGAUGUUCUUCGCGGCCCUGGCGCUGCGGCACGCCUUCACCUACAAGGCCUACGCCGACAAGAGGCUGGACGCGCAAGUGCCAACAUACGGCCCUUACGGCCGCUGCGCCCCCAUGAAGAGCAUCUCCAGCAGCCUCAAGGAGACCAUGAACCCGCACGACAUCGUGCAGGACGCCAUCCACAACUUCUCCCCCGCCUACCAGCAGUACACGCAGCAGUCCACCCUGGAGCCCGGGCCCGCCUGGCGCAGUGGCGCCCACAGCCUCUCGCGCUCCCACAGCCUCAGUGGAGCCCGCGACAACGAGAAGACUCUGCUGCUCAGCUCCGAUGACGAGUUCUAGGUGUGGGCGCCUGGGCCAGGGGCGGGCCAUGCAGUCCUCGGCCUCACUGCAGGCCCGGAGGCCGCGCAGCUUCGGCGUUGCCCUUUAUUUAUUGGACCAGAAACACUCACAUAUCGCUUUCAGAGGAACAGCCAGACGCCGUCUGUCUGGAGGACAUCCCAGGCUCUCCCACGAGCCUUCAGGAAUAUUUAUACGUGGCUAACCCUGCCCUGCCUGGGCCAGGGCAGAGGACACUGGGGAGCUCCCAUACGCCUGCUGCCCGCCCUGUGGUGGGGGCACCUGGGACCAGCCGCGCCCAGGCCUAAGUGCUUGUGUGUGGACCGGCGGCUGCGCCUCCUGGGCCCCUCCUGCAGGAGGCGCUCAUGACGAGGUGGUGGCCCAGAGCAUCACACACCGGGCCCUGCCUGCCUGCCUGCUAGGCCUGGGGAGAGCUCUUCCCGGCUCUUCCCCGCCUGCCUCCUCGUGUUCACCUUUGUCUGAUGCUAGAUUUGCCUCAACCUGGGCAGGAGGAGGGAACGUGGACGUUCUGUGGCCCCACUCCUGUCCCAGGCCCUCCUGGCGUGCUGCAAGGAUCAGAGCCAGACACCAGGAGCUGCGGGUACCUCUGGGAAGGGUGCUCCGCUGCCUUGGAGCCCUUCUGGUGAGGCAGGGGUCUGUGGGCCCCUGUGUGUCCCUGCUUCUGCCCAUCUCCUCCUCCCCUUCCUCCUGGCCUGAUGAGGACAGCCAGCAGCCUGCCUGCCCUCUCACUUAGUCCUGCUUUUGAUGGAGCCGCGGCGGGCCCUGCUUCCUGGCUGCUCCACAGCCGGGCCCAGUCCUCCCCAGAGCGAGCAGUCAGGACCUUUGCUGCGUCUCCCUGCGGCUUCUCCCUCCUGUUCAGGAGAAGGGUCUGUGUCUCCACAUUCCAGACCAACUUCGGGGGAGGACAGUAGGGAUGGCCAUGUAGCGGGGAGCCAGGAGGUGGAGGAGUGGUCCCGGACUCCUCCCCAGGGUCUCUGUCCACACAGGGCCUGGUGUUUUGCCUCGUCUGGCCCCAGCCCAUCUCUUCUGUGCCUUAGUCACAUACAAAAGCCCUCUCCUCAGCCCACAUCUGCCCCAGACACCCCCUGGGGACUCCUUACUAAGCUGCUGGCACUCAGGAUCUGCAGUGCCGGGCCGAGUGCCCUUAACAGGCCUUAGGAGUGACCAGGGACCUCCAGUUCCUGUCUUUGCCCUCCACACCUGUGUCCCCAGGCCAGGGUCCCCAGGCGGCCUGGGCUUUUGCCAGUGAGUCUUAGGAAGAGCCUCGUGGCAUGCUUGUGUGCGCAGGGUGGCCUGGUGUGUGAAACCCAGGUCAUAUUUGGGUCUGGAGUAGCGUAGCCUUGAUCCAGUGAGGGAGAAGAGCCCCCGUCAGGUGGCACUUGCCAGAAGCUCUUUUGGUCACUCCUGGAAUGAACAGGCUCCUGCCCCCGGAUCAAUGAGAGGGUCUGGGUAGGGCAGCUGGUCCCAGCAACCUUCCUGACCUCCUUCCUUCCCACGGGCUCAGAGGCCUGCCCUGGGCACCUGUCUGGGUGGAUGGCAGCUGACAGGUGCAGGCUAUCCAAGGGGCAGCUCUGGCUCCUCCUGCGUUUGCCUCCAUGAGUCUGCCUCCCUGACACGCUUCCCUCCUUCCAGGCCAAAGCGUGGGCUGAUCCCUGCCCACUUGGUUCUCCUGCUCGGCACGCUUACCCUCUAGCGUGGUGGACAGAGCUGAGGGAGCUGAGUGACAGGGAACUAGCAGUCCCUGGGGACAUGGGACGGGAACAUGUUCCCGGCUGCCGCAUCCCCUCCCCCUUCCUAGGAUGCAUAACAUACCUUGUCUUUUUUUAUUAUUAUUUUCCAGAUAGAGUAGCCCUUUGUAUAUAAAAAUACUUGAAAAUUAAUUGUAUGAUGUAUGAGAAGACAGAGUCCCUAGUUUUGUAUCUCCUCGUAUGACUGCCAUGAGCUCCACUGAAAGCCGCUCUAUUUUGGUCUCUGUGACAUUUUAAAUGCGUGACAGAAGUGAGCAAAUAAAGUGAGGAAGAAAUAUAUAUAUGAGAUAAUACAGAUUGUAUUGAA